AUGGCCAGGAAGAGAACUUCUUGUGCAUUUGAUGAGAAAACUUGUGAUGAUCAUGGGAAUGUUGCCUGGGAUGAGAUGGUGAAGCAGACAGCAGCCUCAGGCGGAAUCCGUCGAGCCCGAAAGCGAUUUGUUGGUGUUAGACAAAGACCAUCAGGGCGGUGGGUGGCGGAGAUAAAAGACACCAUUCAAAAGAUAAGGGUGUGGUUAGGCACCUUUGACACGGCGGAGGAGGCUGCAAGAGCCUAUGAUGAGGCUGCUUGUUUACUCCGUGGAGCAAAUACGCGUACAAAUUUUUGGCCUAUUUCUCCGUCACCUUCAUCUACUCCGGCAUUGCCAUCGAAAAUCACUAAGCUGCUUCUUAGCAGGCUAAAGUCUAGAAAUAACGCGUUAGCUUCUUCAUCGGUUUCUCCUUUCCUGGCUGAUGAUCAGGCUCGUGAUCGUGAUGAACAACCAAAACAGCAGCCUGAGGAGUAUAGAGACGAAGAAAUAGCUGAUUUUUCAGCUUCCCAAUUCACUGAUUUUCUGAAUGAUCAUCCCAUUGAUGAUAGUAUGAUCACUAGUACUGAUUAUACAUGCUCAUCAAGUUUUGAAUCCUGCAUAACAGAAACUGACAAUUUGGAGAAAAACUCGAGCACCUUACUCCAGCAGACUAAUGAUCAGUACUGCUCGAUUGGAGACGAUAACAUAGAAUUAGAAGAAGAAAUUCACAAUGAAGAAAACCUGAGUCUUGAGGUUGAGGAUUUCCAAUUCAUUGAUGAAAUAGGAUCAUUUAACUUUUCCCCCUUUGAGAUUGCUGAGGAGAUUUCAUUGGAGGGUUAUGAAAACGAACCAAUGAUGCUUAAUGAGACGAUGAAAAGGAACUACGAGAGGAAGUUUUCGGCUUCUCUUUAUGCAUUCAAUGGGAUAACUGAAUGCCUAAAGUUGAAGCUGAAAUCAGAGAAUGCUUUACAACAUGAGAGAUCUGAUCAAUUGAGCAGACUUCGAAAUGCCUGUAAAGCAAAUCAAGAAACGAUGAAAACGAAAGAUGAAGGCUACAAAACUAAGGACGGGAAGGAGAAUUCGACUGAUCAUGAGAGUGAAUUGUCACUUUGGAACUCCAUUGAUCUCCAACCAAUAUGCUUCGUUAACUAA